AUGGUGGACGCUCAGAGCCAGCCGCAGAUCCUGGAGCAUCUGAAUAAGAGCCUAACAGUAACCAUACACAGCACACGAUGGAUCCCUGGCACCGCGCGAUUUGUGGCAGUUGGCACGUACGCACGCAGCACGGGCUGCAUACAGGUCUACGAGCUGGCCGGCCCUGAGCUAAAGCUCGUCCAAGAAGUCGAAAAGCGCGACGGCUUCAAGUGCGCCACCUUUGGCGCUGCAGCGCCCGCGUCGCAGCAGCUCGCAACUGGCAGCUUCAAGGGGCGGCUCCAAGUCUGGGACCUGGGUGCGCCGGCCGCCCCCGUGUUCGACGCGCAGGCGCACGCGUCGAUCAUCAAUGCCGUGGACGGCUUUGGCGGGCGCACGCGCGGCUGCGGGCCGCCGGAGAUUGCGACCGGCGGGCGGGACGGCUGCGUCCGCGUGUGGGACGUGCGACAGCCGGACGCGCCAGUGGCGGCCUUUGAGCCCGCAGACAGCGGGGGCGCGAGGGACUGCUGGGCGGUGGCCCUGGGCAACUCGCACGAUGACGAGGAGCGCUGCCUUUUGGCUGGGUAUGACAAUGGCGACGUGAAAAUGUUUGACCUGCGGACCAACACGGUGCGGUGGGAGGCCAAUGUGAAGAACGGCGUGUGCGGGCUGCAGUUUGAUCGGGCGGACAUCAAAAUGAACAAGUUUGUGGCCGCGUGCCUUGAGUCGCAGCUGCACGUCUACGACGCGCGCACGCAGCACCCACGAGAGGCAAGCGCAGGAGACGCACGGUCGGGGUCUCUCGGCUUUGCGGGCAUGACCGAGAAGCUGGCGCGCGGCACCACCGUGUGGGGCGCCGCGCACUUGCCCCAGAACAGGGACGUGUUCAUGGCGCACUCUGGGGACGGCGAGGUGGCGCUUUACCGCUACCGGUACCCAGACCAGCGGAAGGUCAAGGACCAGGACGGCAAGGAGAUGGGUGUGGUGGGCAAGCUGGAGCGCCUGUGCCACAAGCCGCUGUCCAGCCAGCCGGUCAACAGCUUUGACUGGAGCCCAGACAGGCAGGGGCUGUUCGUGUGCAGCGCGUUUGACCAGUGCGUGCGCGUGGGGGUGGUGACCAAGCUCGACAAGCUCUAG